CACUUUGGUUUAUUUACAUUAUUUGGCCUACGUGCAGAGUUCUACGUGAUGAGUUCUGGUUCUGUGAUUUCGAAGUAAAAAUCAUGGCGUUAUUCCGGGGUUUCAGUAAAUUGAGAGCAGUUGUCACUGACGUAGAAAUUGUAAAAGAAGGUUAUUGUUUCACCUCACGGACAAAAGCUUCUCUGAUCAGGAAAUUAGACAGCAGUCAGCGAACUCUACAUCUGUAUGCACCUGUCACAUCCAUCGCUACACACCAACACAGGGUACCAGACUCGUAUCUCCUGCCUCAUGGAUUUAAGACGCAUCCAUUGAUAACCGAUGGCAUUUUGAUCACAUCACACAGCAGUUGGGGGCUUGAUAGUGGGCGUGGCUUCCAGAUUUACUCUCCGUGCAGAAACAGCACCUUGACUCAAAGCUCCAAAACGGAGAGCAGCGGCAAAUCAAAAACGGAAGAGAAUAGAUCAGUCGAAAAGGACUCUGCAGUGGACGCUGGAGAUAAAGUCCGGGAUGACGUCAGUGAGGCGAGAAAAGACAACAAAGAGCAAGAAGAAUAUGAUGAUGAUGAUGAUGAUGAUGAGCCAAUCGUGGCAAUGUAUGAUGAGACGGGGAAACCUCUGAGUAACUGGACGCGGAUGAAGAUGAUGAUGAAAGCGUACGGUUACGUCAUCAUCCCUGUCCAUUGGGUUAUUGCGCCUGUGUGGUUUGGUGCUUUCUACUAUGCUGUAAAAAUGGGUGUGGACAUUGCCCCGUUUCUCCUGAAAAUCGGCGUCAGCGAGCACCACGUCGGCACGCUCAAGAACUCCGGAGCCAGCAAUGCCCUGAUGGCCUACGCCCUGUACAAGAUCUUCACGCCGCUGCGUUACACGGUGACGGUCGGUGCCACCGAGAUGACGAUCCGAUGGCUCAGACGGAAAGGCUACGUCAAGCAUCCGCCACGCAAGGAGAAGACGUAUCGCCAGUCGCUGAAGGAAACGGUGCAAGAAGUCAAGGACAAGAUUGAUAACAGAUGAUGAUGGAAAAGAAAAUCCCUGAGAUUCUUAACAUUGUCAAGCUUUCUCUACUCCACACUCAAAUCCGGUCGCAUCGAAUGUGGAAAUUCCGAAUUGCGACGCCAAGUUAACAGUAAAGCAAG